AUGAAAAUGCAAGACUAUCUCAUCAAAAUGAAAAACCUCUCUGACAAACUGAAACUUGCAGGUAAUUCAAUCUCUAACUCAGAUCUUAUUAUUCAAACCUUAAAUGGUCUGAACUCAGAGUAUAAUCCUGUAGUUGUAAAACUUUUUGAUCAAACUACUCUAAGCUGGAUUGAUAUGCAAUCCCAAUUGCUAAGUUUUGAAAGUAGAAUUGAGCAGCUAAAUAGUCUCAACAAUUUAAGCAUCCAUUUCUCAGCAAAUUUGGGUCACAAAACUGAUCACCCCAAUUGGAGAGGUAACAAGUUUGGCUCCAAUGGCAAUUGGAGAGGCUCCAACUUUAGAAGUUGGCGAGGUGGAAGAGGACGUGGCAGAAACUCAAAACCAACAUGUCAGGUCUGCUCUAAAAUUGGCCAUACAGCGGUACAGUGCUUCUACAGGUUUGACAAAGCCUAUCAAUGA